AUGUUGAAAACGGUUCUUUUGUUGUCCACUUUCUCCGCUGUCACGUGCGGCCCGUUGGCUAAACUCCAAGCCCGAAACGGACUUGUGCCAUGGUGGGUAAGUUGGGAUUGUUAAUGUUUCGCCGGGCUAUAGAAAGGCUGCAUAAAGUGCAGAGAAGCAUUGGAAGUUCCGCUGUACCCGUCAACUAUCGGUUAUGUCUUCAGAUACCGAAUGACAUAUCCCUGGGACCAGCAAAGGAAGCGAUAAAAAUGUGCCAUAAGCUCGGGGAUUAUACUCCCGGGACCAUUCACAGUGCAAAGAACAUCUCAAACAUUCUUGGUAAGUCCGUAAGCCAAACAGAACAUCAGAAUAAAUGGCUCGGGACUUGGAAAUCUUUGUGUGUCCAGAAGAUGUGUACACAAUGACAACGGUUUAAAAUGCUCCAGUGGUAUAAAUAACGGCGGUAUAUGGCUAGGAAUACUCCCUAGAGCAUGCCAAAAAAUUUCGGGCGGUGGAACGUUUCUCGUCGUGGAAAAAAUCCAGAAAAUCCAUCAUCCAAUUAGGUCAUUGCAAAAGUUUUGAAUUGAAAUUUUUUAUGGGUGCUCUAGGGAGGCCUCCUAUGCAUAUACAGCUGUUGUUUCUAUCACUGUCACACUUUAAACGGAAAGUCCAAGGCCUUAUAUCCGACCAGUGUCCGUCAUCUCCAACUCCAAUCGCUUGAAAACGACCGAAUUUGUCCGCUUUACCCAAGAUAUUUCAGAGUUUGGACCAAUCGAUAAUGUCACACAGAUCUUGCUCGGGCUCUAUUCAGAGAAUAAGCAGUUCAAGUGGCUUGAAACGGAGGAGCCAUACGAUUACAACAACAUCAGACCGGGAGUCGAGAUUCCGGAUGGCCCCACUUUUUACGUAAUGGCCUACGAAGACACUCCGGACCAAAAGGCCGGAGAAUGGCUUCCCGUCGACGGGAACACCGAGAUCAAUGCUGUUUUGUGCAAUCUGUUCAAAGCGUUAUAA